UGUUUCGAAUGCGUUCGAAUAAUUUAUUUCCUGAACAAAAAAAAUCUAUACAAACAGUAACGCCGUCUAGUGAACCCUAGAAAAAGUAAAAUCAGCUGACCAUCGCUUCCAAGCGUCAAAUGCGUAUUUAUAAAUAACGUGGCGUUCGAGUUAGUCGUAGACUAAAGUUACUUUUCAUUAACCAAACGUCAGAAUGGUAGAUAUGAAAAAUAACGUGAGUUUUUGCUGUCAGCGAUGUUUGCAGCCUUUAAGGCUCGAUCCAAGUUUUUUGGAUCAUCUCGGGGAACACACGUUAGCUGAACUUUCACUUCCCAUUCAACAACAAGUGGUAGGAGAAAUAGAACCACAAAGCGGUAGUAUGGAGCAUUUAGUUCCACCAUUCAGAUUGACCGAGUCUGCAAAUGGAACUAAUGGAUUUAUGCUAGUUGGAGAUUCUGGAGAAACUGAAAGUCUCAGUCAUCAUUUAAAGGUACGAGCAACAUUGUUUGACAUUCUUAGCAGUAGUAGCUCUGCCGAUCACCCACUUUGUGAUGAAUGUACGGAUAGUCUUUUAUUAUUAAUGGAUCAACAAUUAAGAAUGACUGAAGGAGAAUGGUCAGACUACAAUGAAUACUUAAAAAAAUUAGAGUUAGAACAACAACAACAGGGAAACGAGGAUAUAGAAUUAGAAAGUCUUAGGAAAGAGUUACAAGAUGUAAAAUCAGAGGAGGAGCGAAUGAUUAGUGAAUUAGAGGCUUUAAGGAAAGAAGAAAUUGCUACUAGGAAUGCGAUAGCACAACAGGAGAGAGAAAGGGAGAGGUUACAAAGCGAAGAAGAAAGGUAUUGGAAGGAAUAUUCAAAGCAUAAAAGAGAUCUUAUAUUAGCGGAAGAUGAGUAUCGUAGUUUGGAAUGCCAAUUAGCCUAUGCAGCUUCACAACUAGAGAGACUGAAGAAAACAAAUGUUUUCAAUGCCACAUUUCAUAUUUGGCAUUCAGGACAUUUUGGAACUAUAAAUUCCUUUCGUUUAGGCAGAUUGCCAAGUGCACCUGUAGACUGGAGCGAGAUAAACGCUGCUUGGGGACAAACUACCUUGCUGUUAACGGCUCUUGCUAGAAAAAUGAAUCUUACGUUUAAACGAUUUCGUUUAGUACCAUUCGGUAAUCAUAGUUAUAUCGAAGCAUUAGACCAACAUAGAGAGCUACCUUUGUAUGGAAGUGGAGGAUUUAAGUUUCUGUGGGACACAAAAUUCGAUGCAGCAAUGGUAGCAUUUCUUGAUUGUUUACAACAAUUCAAAGAACAAGUGGAAAAAGGGGAUAGUGGAUUCUGUCUCCCAUAUAGGAUGGAUCGCGGUAAAAUAGAGGAUUCUGCUACAGGCAACUCCUAUUCUAUCAAAAUUCAGUUUAAUUCAGAGGAACAGUGGACAAAGGCAUUAAAGUUUUUAUUGACAAAUUUAAAAUGGGGCCUUGCUUGGGUCAGCUCCCAAUUCACAAAAGACGAGACUGAACAUUAACUCAAUGUUAGUUUAUGCAAAUUCAUCCAGUCUUAAUCACACAUCUUUUUCACAUUCACUUAUGUACAUACGUGUUAUUUGUAAAUAAACUCAGUUAAAGGAUAAACCUUUUA